AUCGGGAAAACCAUUCGAAAGUAAGAGAAGUUCUCGUUUACAAAGUUGGUGCUCUCUUAUUAAGGAUAAUUUCUGAAAAGUUUCAAAAUUGGUUGACCGCACAGGGCACAGUGAUUUGUGAAAUGGCUCUGUCAUCAGAGAGUUGGGUAGACGAAUUAAACAGUAGAUGGACACCCGUUCUUUUUCUUGUCUUGGGUAUUUUUACCAUGAUAGGACAGAUCUAUAUUGGUCCAGUUGCAUGCAAUUUCCCAGGACAUUUUUCAGAAUCGGAUGUCAAGUAUGGCAAUUUUAGAUGUUUUACGGCAACCUAUCUUGGCGAAAGCUCAUUUAAAGCUUUUUCUACAAUUCCGACGGUUUCUAGCGAUUUUGAGGAAGACAAAACUUACAUACGAACCCUGUAUCAAUACGUUCCUUUAAUUCUGAUAUUACAAGCAAUGUUCUUACGUAUUCCGUGUUUCCUGUGGAAAUUUGGAGAGAGAAAACUAGGCAUACAUUUUGAUGUGACGUCCGGAAAAUAUGGUGACAAUGGUAAAUCGGUCGGAAUAAGACUUGCAGUCCACUUGAUGCAAUGGAUCGAGGCCAGAAGCGUAAACAUUUUAUCCAUUGGGUCGUUUACAAUUUUCCAUUGCUUUAUUAAACUUCUUUAUUUAGCGAGUGUUGCAACUCAUUUUGGACUAUUAGAUCAUUUCUUUAAAAAAGAAAAUCAUAUCAGUUUUGGAUUACAAGUGCUUGAAAACAUCCGAGAGAGUGAUGCAUAUUUUUUCCAAAAUUCACCUGCAUUCCCAAGAGAAAUAAUAUGUACCUAUGCCAAAGUGUCUGUACAAAGUAUUCAAAAACAAAACGUACAGUGCAUACUCCCUUUUAAUCCGUAUCUGGAGCAGAUUAUGGUUAUUAUCUGGUGGUGGAUGACCUUCCUUAUUGCUUUAACUAUAUUCGAUGUCUUCUGCUACUUUUUUGGAGCUCUUCGACCGAAUUCCAGGAGUUGGUUUGUUAAAUCCAAUUUGUUAAGGAUUGACCUGGAAAACCCAAAUGAGGCAUUUGAAUUAGAUAGGAAAAAAACCAGGAAAUUUGCAGACUGGUUAGGCGGAGACGUCAUUCAAUUUCUCCAAAACAUCCAAGACCAAGAAAAUGGAUGUGUCGUCAUGGAAACCAUCACAGAAUUGUGCAGGAUUAGACACAAUAUUGGGUAUUCCACACCUGGCCCUUCAAAUGAAGAAAUUCAUGGCAUGGUAACAUCAUUCUUAUCGUAUGUUACAGCGCACAUCAAUGGCCAAACGGAAGGGACAGACGUUUGAAGUCACCAUAAUGCAAUUAAUCAGAUUCGAUAUUUCCCUGUAGCAUAACAUGUAACGAAUUAGCAAUAUGAUAUAUCUGAUAUUGUACUGUGACGUUAUUGGUGUUCUUACCUUUCUUUGCAGAGCUGUGUUCUUUUUUUAUAACAUUUGUAAAUAUUUAUCGAAAACCUAUCUAAAAGGGAUGAAGUUUAAAGGGAAUAUACGCUAUUUUAAACAUGUAGGUUAAUUUUUUAAUUACUUAGCAAUUAUAUGUUUAAUGACUGUAUAAUAUAUACUAUAGCCCCCUCAUAUGUAUAAGCAAUGCUAUUUAGUAUACAAUAAAUGGCAUCAUUGUAAAAGAGAGCUGUUCAGUAUUGUUGAUAUUUGUUUGUACAGACAAAUUGUCUAUAUGCAUGGAAGAUGUUAGAUCAUAAUAACAUGCGAUUAGUUGACUGAAAAAUAAGCGUACUUAAUAGAAUUUAUUCUCUCAUAAUGUUCUUGAUAUGUGUUUUUUAACCUUGAUUUUCAGUAGUUCUACGUGAAAAUGUGUCUUAUUAUUGUUGAAUUGAAGAACAUUGUUGCUUGAAAAACUAUGUCCUCGUUUUGUGUACUUUGACACUUAUUUAUCAACAAAGUAGAAAUUACAUAGACAUUUGAACGUUUAUCCAGCUGGUACCUAGCACAGGUAUAUAGUAAAAAUAUGAAGUCCUCUUUAAACUUUAACUUAAAACCACGGAACAUUAAGUAAGUUUAAUCGAGCUUAACAUUUACACCAGAUUUAUAAAUUAUUGUAUAUAUAAACACAAACGACAAUUUACAAUAUACUACAUGUAUACAUGAAAGUAAAAAAAAUUCUCAGUUUAUUAAACAAAACUCUUUAAAAUAUAUUUUCAGUUCUACUUUAUACUUCCGGAACAUAUUGUCGAUGUUUGGUUAUACACAUGUUCAUAGAAUAAAAUUAUUAAUUGGAUAGUUAUGACAAUGUUAUCCCUUAGAAGAAAAAUUCUUUUAAAAGAAAGAAAGUAUGAUUUAAUUCAACGUUUUAUAAAUACGCAAACAGUCUCUGAUGUAAAAUUAAAAAUUGAAUAAAUGAGAGUGCAUUUGAAGUGCAUGGUUUCAUGUACUAUUCACGUAUCAUUAUAAAAGUGCAUCUAUAUAUUUAAUAUUUUUUCUUCAUCCUUGUUGACUCAACAUUUUACAAAAGUCAAUAGAAUCGAUUAAUGUCCCUAUCAUUAAAUUGGUUAAAAUCAUUUUUUAAAAUGCUUGAAAAUGUAUUUUUUCGGUGUUAUGAUUAGAGAAAAAAAAUAGAUAAUUGAAUGUGAAAAACUUCAACGAAUAAUGCACAACAAUUGAUUGAUGUUUAUCUUUACAUGAAUAAUAUAGCCAAACUUUUAAUGGUGAUGAACACAAUUUCACUGCUUGUUAAAAAAUAUUUUGAAGUUAAAGUUCCAUUUAAUUAUACUGCAGAGUUUUCCUAUAUUUAUCAUUUACCCUUUUAAUGGUAUGAUUAUUUUUUUGAUUUUCCUGAUAAUUUCCAGGAAGAAUAGAUGAGCAGUUUUCCAUCACAAAAUUAAUUAUAGACAUUUUUUUGAUUAGGCCUGAAAGAUAUUCUCGGGCUAUGUUUAAUUAUAUUUAAACUGAACCUACAAUAUUAGAUACACGGUAAAUAAAAGCAAUUUUAAUUAACCUACAUUUCACAUCAAAGCUAAUCCAUAGAAGUUUUCAGGACAUUGGAUGACAAUAUUUUUGUUCACAUAAUGAUACAUGUGUUAAUUUAAAAUAUUGGCGUUUCUAACGUGCAAUUACAGCGAAUGUUUACUUAGUAGUUGCCAUAUUCGAAAUAAUUGACAAAUUUUUCUUAGUUCAGUUCUAAUAAAAAACAUUAAUUGAUGUACAGCUACCUACUUUAUGUUACCGAUUGAUAGAUACAUAGAAACAUAUUAAUAUAAACAAAUGCCUCAUCCAGUGGUCACACAGGAUACACGUACGACUGUGGGAAUCAGUACAAAACAGUAUAGGAACACUCAAAACAAUAAAACAUCAACUUAAGAUAAAAAAAAAAGAGAACACAUGUUCAUAUCAAACCAAAAUUAGCGUAUACACUCAAUAAUCAUCAUAAAAUUGAGGGGAAAACACAAGUACAUAAGGAACCUAUACUAUUUAAUACAAAUGGAUUUCAAUUAUAAAGAAUUGUAACUUUCCUGUAAAAUGGUAAUCGAUUUUGUUGUGGCAAUGUUCUCAGGUUUGUCAAAAAAACAAAUGACUUAGUCAAUCAUAGAUAAAGAUGUAAAACUAUUUUAGAAUAAAAUAAAGAACAAAAAUAAAUAUAACAUAAAGUUAUAGCACUUUUGCCAUUUUAUUUUUGUUGGAUUUGAAUAAAGUUAUUGAAAGGACGUAAGCAUAAGAAAGAUUGAAUUUAAUAAAAUAAGUAUGCAUACAUCCUCACAAAUCUUUGAUUUGUAUUGCUAUGCGUAGCGAAUAAUCACUACUAUGAAUAUGACAAAUAAUACUGCUGCAACAACAAAAAUACUUAUUAUAAACUUGAAAUAUGUUGAAGUAUUAUGCUUUUUCUUUGCAUUACGUUCGCUUGUGAUGAUGUUUGUCCGUCCUGUACUUUCUGUAACUAAUACAAAAUGGUACUUUAAGACAUUGCCACUGUUAUCACACAUUAUUAUUUCAAUUUAUUUUUAAAAACUAUUAACUUUUUGUAGAAAGAAUAGUGAUAAUUGUCUAGUGACAUGUAUAUUCAGGGUCAAAUACCUACAUGUAACACUACCUCACAAUUGUUUUUUCAUGUUACAACAAGGUUCUGUUUACAUUAACAUGUACAUUAUUGUAUAACAUAUGCUUGAACGUUUUUUUCAGAUCUA